GAACUGAGAUCUGUAUAGAAGGCAGCUGGGCAACCAAUACAGAAUUGCAGCUCAUCGCAAGGGCCAUAGGUGCACCACAAGGACUACAGAUUACAGGUCAUUUUGCUGGGAAAUAUCUCACAGAGGGAUCAUGAAGCUGCUUCUUAUUGGAUUAUAUUUCUCUUGUGUUUUACUUGGCACGUUCAUUGAUGCCAGACCAGUGUAUGAAGAGGAAGAUCCAUACUUGGACGCCCCUGCUCAUCCUUACUGGCCCUUCUCCACUUCAGAUUUCUGGCUGUAUGUGGAGCAUUUCCGCUCCCUGGGCGCAUACGACAAGAUAAAUGAUAUGGCUCGUACCUUCUUUGCUCACUACCCUAUUGGGGAUACUCUUGGAUACACUAGCAAAAACCAUGAUGAAUAGAUGCAUGUUAUUUGCCAUGCUUAUACACACAUACCUUAAUGUAUAUACAGAGUAUACAAAUGACAUGGCUGGGAAAUGAGCUCACCUACAGGCCUAACAUUCAUCAGCCUUCUUAUCCUGAGCAAAUUAGCUGGUUCCAAAGUUAAGGGCUAAGCGUCCUAUUUUAUACAUAUUUGUUUGCUUUUACCCUCCAGAAUAAAAAUUAUAUAUUUUUUAAUAUGCAAAGACCUGUUAGAGUAAAAGCAUUGUAGCCGUGUGUUUUAUAACAAUAAAAAUGCUUUGGAAAGAAA